AUGACGAAGACUCGAAGUGUAACUGCAAGCUUGAGUUCUGAUGCCGAUUACUACUACGACCUGAAAGAGCAGUGGGAAGGAAGGAAGCGCGCGAAGCUACGGGAGCGGAAAGAACAAGAACGACAACGAGAUGCUGAGAAGACCAAGGAAGAGGAGGUUCGUGUCGCAUACAAAUCUCUGAAAACGGCUGAGAAGAAAGGGACGACAGUCCCGGCCGGAUUGCUUGCUGGUCAGAGUUUCCAUCUGUUCUGCAGCGAUCAUGUUGACCAUUUUUACGCCGACUCCAACGCGAGCAAAAGAGUGGACUUCUACCUCGACGACAGCGAACCACGCAAGCCCGGUCGACACACCCAGAACCCCGGAGACGAGACUGACAUGUUACAUGGCGACCUGUACCUCAAUUCAGAUGCCAACUGCAGCUUUGGCCCGUUCUGCCCUCCGAAGCGAGCAAGUCGGAAAUCUUUCAAGGUCAGGAGCGGCGAUGGCAAGUACAAGCUGUCGUUCAAGUUCCUCGGCGGCGAUUACCUGAAGUUGAAAGUCUCCCGCAAAAUGGUGUUCAUGAAUUCAUACAGCACGAGCUCCCCAACUCCUCCCGCUGCUGCUCCGGAAAUAUUCGAGUUCGUUGGCAUCAGGCGCGAUCUGGAGAAGGAGAAAGCCGAACGGAGGGAGAUGUUGGCAAAAUUGCGCCGCUCGCCAUCGCCACGCGAUACGUGGUUUGAACUAAAUCAUCCCACGGGAUGGUGGCGACAGGGCUUCUGA